AUGGCUGUUAAUGCUGGUCCGAGAGCAAUCCAUUUGGUCGUGGAUUCUGCAGCCUUCAUUGAGCGUGCAAAACUGGAUACAUAUGGUAAAAAAUGUCACACAACUCAGUCUGUUAUCGAUGAAAUCCGCGACAAGCACACCAGGGCCUUCGUUAGUGCGCUCCCUUAUCCACUCAUCAUUGACGUGCCAACUCCAGAAUCCAUUAAGUGGGUGAAAGAAAUAUCCAAGGAAACUGGUGAUUACUUUGCUCUCUCGAAGACUGAUGUUGAAGUUAUAGCCAUCACCUAUCAACUGUAUACUCAGAUUAAUCGACCCACAUUUACGGAUAAACUCUUUCAAUUUAAAAAACCGCCCGAGCAUAGAGUCGAAUCUAAUUCUCAUAAGCCAGCCGUAGAAAACGAUGAUUUUGGUGUCGAGGCGGCUAUAAAUGAAUCAGAACACGAUCCUAGGCGGAUUUAUCACCAUUCGACUCACAGUACUGAUGCUGGCGUUGACAAAAGAGGAGAUGAUUGUGAGGAUUCUGAAUCUGUCCGCGAUAGUAGUGAAUCUGGGGAGUCAGAAAAUGUUGAAUUUGAUGGGAUGAUUAGUGAUAGUGACUGGAUUACGCCUGAUAACUUUGCUCAGAAACUGGAAGAAGGCUUGGGUCUUGAGAGUCUUCGGUUAGAUAACGAGGUGGAAAUAUCCGCAGAUACACCACCUGUGCCUGUUGCUUGCUUGACGAAGGACUUUGCCAUACAAAAUGUCCUGAUGAACGCUGGAAUCACCCUCCUAGGAUUAUCCGGCAAGAUUAUUAAGGAAGCUCGGACUCAUGUUCUCUGGUGUGGUUCAUGCUAUGCGCACACAUCAAAACAAGAUUCAUAUUUCUGUGGGAUUUGCGGAUAUCCGAACCUGAGGCGGAUCCCGGUCACUCUGCAUGAGGAUGGCCAGCUUGAGUUCCACUUUUCUCGGAAGUUUAAAAAGAACCUUAGAGGUACAAAGCACCCGAUAACUCGUCCAAAAGGAGGCAAACAUGCUGACGACCCGAUUUACCGUGCUGACCAGCGCCUUCCAGAUCGUCGAGCACCAAAACCCAAGAACCCCAACGUGAUACCGAUGGGUGCCACCAACGGUCUUCUCUUCUGCGAUGAUGAUGAGGAUGGCGACGACUUCUUCCUUGACAGCGGAGCACGUGAUGUGGACGGUGGCGAUCUGGCAAGUCUCAUCUUCCCAGACCAUGACGUGAGCAGCAAAGCAGCCAUCCGAGGUCUUCGUUCAGACGGACAGAUUGUACCGGCACCGUGGGAAAGAGUGGGCAAGGAGGGCGAACAUGGACUCAAACCGACUCGGUAUCGAGCAAAUAGGCCGGGACGGAGACGCACAGGAGGCAAAAGACAUAAACUGACAAAGUAA